GUAUCGUCUUCACUGUGACGAACGAGUUCAACAAUGUAAAUUAAGUAUACGUAUUCGUACACUACAUAAGUUAUUUGAAUAUUAUAUUAUUGUACAAAACAACGGAAGUACUACAACGCGAACUCAUCAAUAAUUAUUGCAAAAUGCAAAUGCAAACAUACAAACUGGUCGUCGUUGGCGGCGGCGGCGUUGGAAAAUCAGCCAUAACGAUACAAUUCAUACAGAGCUACUUCGUCACAGAUUACGAUCCAACCAUCGAGGAUUCAUAUACCAAACAAUGUGUCAUAGACGAUGUGCCAGCCAAAUUGGACAUUUUGGACACUGCUGGCCAAGAGGAGUUCAGCGCCAUGCGGGAGCAGUAUAUGCGUUCAGGUGAAGGAUUUCUGCUUGUCUUCUCGCUAAACGAUCAUUCCAGCUUCGACGAGAUACCAAAGUUUCAACGUCAGAUAUUGCGGGUGAAGGAUCGCGAUGAGUUCCCCAUGAUGAUGGUGGGCAAUAAAUGCGAUUUGGAGCAUCAGCGACAAGUAUCACUGGAAGAGGCCCAAAAUACAAGCAGAAAUCUAAUGAUACCCUACAUUGAAUGCAGUGCCAAGCUGCGUGUCAAUGUCGAUCAGGCCUUUCAUGAGUUAGUGCGCAUCGUGCGUAAAUUUCAAAUAGCUGAGCGUCCCUUUAUCGAGGAGAGCUACAAGAAGAAGGGCAAAAAGAAGUGUUGCCUGAUGUAGGGCAUGUCUACUUAUUGCCCCUGUGCCCAACAGCAGCAAUCAACCAUCGGAUGCCAGCAACGCCAGCAACAACAACCAACACCAAUAACAAUAUCAAUAACCAUUUAACUUUAACCAUUAACCAUAAACCAUAAACCAGUGAAGUGAAUCUCGAAAAGAUGAAAACACCAAAUUGACUGCGCAUUGACUGAGCUAUGAAAUUCCAUUGAUAAGGGAAUAAACUUACCGCACCAGACGCUGCAGCUACUAGUAGACCAGUAAAAGUAAUCAGUCCCCCGUAGUCCGUAACCCGUCUAUUCGUAAACCCAAAUGAAGUGCAUUUCUUAUCUGCCCAGUAUCCAACGGCAUCCAACGAAGCCAUCGAAUAUGCUUUGACCCUUAAUUGAGUAGCUAACAAAAACAAUAUAUAUCUAGACAUAAACACAAAAACAAACACACUGAAACACUAAAAACAUAUAUACAUAUACAGGUAUAUAAAUAUUUUUUAUAAUAUUUGUUCAUAACCACGACAACAAUAACUCUGCAAUCAAAUUAGGGAGAAUUUCUUGUUUGUGUAUUUUUUUUUUUAACUUUUGUAUAUGUAUGUAUGUAUGUGUUCUUUAUUAUUUUUUUUUUGUGUAAAUCAAUUAAUUGAUUUAUUUCUUUUUUUUUUUAAUUAUUGCAAUAACUGAGCCAAAAGAUUGUCUCAUUCGUUGGAUCGUUUGUUUCGAUUAAGCCAAAAGUAAUGUGUUAUUGUAAUUUGUAUUGUUAUUUACUAAUAUAUACAAGGUAUUUGCAUAUGCGGAUACAAAUUUGAUUAUAUAUAUUUAUAUAUAUAUAUAUAAACAUAUAUGCUUAUAAUCCAAUUUUGUUAUAACAAAUUGAGUGCCUCAAAAACGAAUGCUAUAUCUAUAUAAUUUCGAAACGAAAAUAAAACGAAACGAUUUAAGCAAACAAA